AUGGCUAUGCGCGCAUCUCCGCCGGAAUCGAUAGGAGAGUCUCCGCAGGCUAUUAUAUCGCCGUCUAAUCCAUUCACCAUGGCACCGCCAUCCGUUCGCACUACUACCCACACUGUUCCGACAUUAUCACAACUCGGCUCUAGGUCGCUAGGAUACAUGUCGAAUUCACACAGUCAUCCAAGGUCCCCAGAUACUAUGUCCGGAAACCUUUCCGACAUCCAGAACUACGAUGCUCCGAGUUUGAUGAUAUCACCCACGCAUAUAUCCUCCGCAAAUCUGAAUGCGCAAAAACGAGCGUAUAGGCAAAGGAGGAAGGAUCCUUCGUGCGAUGCCUGCAGAGAGCGGAAAGUCAAAUGCGAUGCCACUGAAACUUCGGCUUGCUCAGAAUGUUCGAGUCGGAAUCAUAAGUGCCAGUUUACAAAAGAGACAAAUCGUCGCAUGUCUUCAAUCAAGCAAGUUCAGGAUCUUCAGAGUCAGAUUGCCGAGUUGACCCAAAUCAACACCCAUCUGCGAACAAAAGCUACGGUUGGGGAGCCAAACGCGGACAGAACAGAGAUGAAGCGCCGUCGUUCAAGUGCACAGAUUGGAACCUCCCUCGUCACAGAGCGUGCCUCCGCGCCGGUCCUCAGCAACUUCAGUUAUGUUCGUGAAAACAUCCGAUCACACUCUCAAGGCAUAUUCGAUACCCCACAUCCGAAGAGCAGCUUGCCCAUAGAUCGAAGCUCGGGGCUGCCUGAAGUACCACUGCGGGUCGACUACGCGCACUUGUCGCGAUCUUACCAUGACUCCAUUCAUGAGUGGUACCCAGCAAUACACUGGCCAACAUUUCAGCGCGAAGUAGAUGAGGUGUAUGCAGCAAGGAGUUUCCAGGGCAUGUCGCGGGAAUGGGUCGGCCUGUUUUUCGCGGUACUUGCAUGCGGAAGUUUACUGCCAGCGUCUGGACCGAGUGGCCCUGUGGUAGCCCGAGGCAAAGCCUUCUUUGACAUCGCGAUUCAGACAAUGACACCCAUGCCAGAAAACUUCGUAUACACGCACGCGCAGUUGGCACUGCUAUUGAGCAUCUUCGCUACAGAAAGUAACAUGAAAUCGACUGGAUCGAUAUGGCUCGCCUCAGCUGUUAGGAUCGCUCAAGAGCUGAGCCUUAACUCUGAACACGAGUCUUGGCCCGCGGUCGAAGCAGAGUUACGUCGCAGGCUGUGGUGGGCCAUAUAUGUGCGCGACAGGCUGACAUCUUUGGAAUCCAAUCGACCGAUGUUGAUCAACGAGGACGACUGCGAGACGAUACUCCCAUCCUCUAUUGAAGAUCGGUAUAUACAGUCUCAAAGUUUCUAUCGGCCCCAAACAAGCUCGACGCCUGUGACCGGCACACUGGCCAUUAUCCAAAUAACACGGCUCCAUUCACGGUUAUAUCAGGCCCUUAAAUCAAGCGUCAUCGCCCAAUCAGUCUUACAGGGCUUUGAAGGGCAGUUCCGUGACACGAUGCUACUAUUACCAGACACUUAUCAGUUUAAUUCCGGCGCCACGCUUGAGGCAGCGGCCUUGCCUCCUCUUUUCACUCUUCUUUCCGCCCGAUUCCAUCUAUACAGACGCAACCUCUCGUCCACAUGUCAUCCAUCGGAACGCGCCGAGGCGCUCAACCGAUGCACCUUCAUUGCUCAAGAUACGGCGAAAUACAUUUCGAGAACACUCCACCAUUCGCCAAAACCGGGAAUGGAGAGGAGUUGGCAGGCAAGAGUGGCGCCUCUGGCGAGCAGCACGACAUGCAUGCAUGUUUGGAGAUGUAUGCUCGUACUUUGCUUGCGCGGCGACUACGACGCAGUGCUCAUGUGCCUACAUUUUGCAGCUGCUAUUGGAGACGCGCGAAAGAUCAACGUCGCUUGCGGGAAGUACCUUGCGUUCUUUCUGGAACAACUACUAGAUCGCGUUCAAAAUGGUCACGGUAGUCCUCAACAGCUCGAGCGUGACGAGGAGAUGCUAGUUUAUGCCAGCGGAGACCUACAAGGUAGCCUCGAGCACUCAUGGGUAUGGGCUGGAACCAACUUAUCUUCACCAGUGUCCGCACAACAUCCACCACCAAAUGGCUCACGAGCUCAGCGACCGGACGAGCCAAUGCGCGAUGCGUUACCUAUGCGACCGUUUUCUGGAUCACCACAGAACGGAACAAAAGAAUGGGAUGGUUGGGGAAGAGUAGAACAGCUGAUUCGAUAUUUGAUGGAAGAGCAUCGCCCACACCACGCGCAGCCGCUGCCGUCGUAUUAUCCUCCACCGCAUAACCCUGUCAAGCGUCUGCAGUUGGCGCCUGAUGUUCGUCCAUUGCCUUCGACGACGUUACCAAACUCGAGUCCAGCGCAGUCGAGCACGAGCCGGAUCAGUAUUGCGAAUAUAAUAUAA